GCAUCCUUUCCUUGGCUCUCAUGUAUAGUGAAGUUAUGGUUUCCGAUCAAUUAGACGAUAAUGGAUCUUCAGAUGCAGAGAAGAAGGCUCUUUCGCCACCCUCCGAUGUGCAAACGGCGAUGAUGCAGGAAUUGGCUCCACUUUCCGUUCAAGACACUUCGGCGAGUACUGCCGGAGAGGUAUCGAUAAAGCAAGUUGCUCCGUUAGUGUUAGUUUUAACGGGAGCAACGUUUCUAAAUACCAUCUCGGCUCAAUCUGUAGUCAUCAUCCUCCCAGCUAUAAGCAGAGACCUCAACAUCCCUGAAACCAGACAGCAAUGGAUAGUCUCUGCCUACGCUUUAACUUCUGCAGCAUUCCUCCUCCUUUGCGGAAAACUGGCUGAUGUUUACGGGAAACGAUUCUUGUUCAUCCUUGGGUGCUUCUGGAUCACUGCUACGACCCUCGGAGCAGCUUUCUCUCCCGUUGAAGUUUGCAUUUAUAUUAUGCGAGCUUUGCAAGGACUUGGAGCUGCAAUCACAAUACCCACCGCCAUUGGCAUUAUUGGACACACGAUACCACCAGGACGUGUGAAGAACUACAGUUUUGCGUUCUUCUCUGGCGGAGCACCCAUUGGUCAGGUCAUGGGAAAUAUCUUAGGUGGACUUAUCUCCGAGUGGACCAACUGGAAAGUUGUCUUCUUCGUUAUAGCAGGGGCCGCCUUCAUCGCCGGCGUAACAUCAAUAUUCGUUAUUCCAAAGGAGCCCUCCAGGAAGAACGACACUGCCGACCAUCCCCGAGCCUCUAAUGUUGACUGGAUUGGCGCAUUUUUCUUCACCUCUGGACUGCUUCUCCUUCUCAUAGCCUUAUCCGAAGGCGUUUCCCUAGGCUGGGAUACUCCACUCGUAAUCACUGUCCUGAUUGUAUCAUUCCUUUUCCUAGUCAUAUUCAUCCUCUGGCAGCAUCACCUUGAGAAAAAGGCGGACCCUGGCCAGGAACCACUCAUGCGGAUAUCGGUCUUUAAGGUUGGCAGGUUUUCGGCCGCGAUGGUAAUUGUCUGUAUAUUUUCGGCUGGGUUCACAAAUUUUCUUAUAUAUUCAACCUAUUUCUAUCAAGAUUAUCAGGGGCAAUCACCAAUACAAACGACACUUCGAUACAUACCUCUCGGCAUUGUCGGCAUCCUCAGCACAGCAGGUUCCGGCUAUCUCCUCGACCGCAUCCGAGGAAACUACAUCCUAAUCUUCGGUCUCGGUUGCGCAACAAUCGCCAACCUCCUCUUCGCAGUCCCGAUCCCGCCAUCAACAAGCUACUUCGCCUACGGCAUGCCAGCCAUGGCCCUCGCCGCCUUCGGAGCGGACACAGUCUACCCCUGUCUCGGGCUCUUCACAACGCAAUCACUGCCUCGAAAAGAUCAAGGUGUUGCUGGAGCAAUGUUCCAAACAGUGGCGGGAAUUGGCAGAUCGAUGCUCCUACCAAUCACUUCGCUUGUUCAGUCUGCUGUUCAAAAGAAGUGGGGUAGAAAUGGAGUAGGGCAGAAGCAGUCAUUUUUGGAAGGACUGAGGGCGGUGGAGUGGUUUUGUGUUGCUUGUAUGGGGACAGCACUGUUGGUGACUGUGUUUGGGUUGAGGAAUAUUGGGAAGAUUGGACUGCUAAAGAAAUUGGGGAAUGUGCAGUCUGCGGCAAAACCAAAAGAUGAGGAAACGAGAUAGAGAUUUUUUUUUUCAUAAUUUAGAAUAAUAAAGACGAUUUUGAUCUUCC